AUGCAAAGGUUCAUAUUGCAUCUGGACAGUGGAAACACUGCACAUACCUGCAUCUCGCGUCAAGCGUUUGAAUUCUUGGGCUUACGAUCCGGUCAACGACUUCGGCAGACGCCAGUGUUCGGGGUGAACAAUCAGCGGUCCACCUGUGACGUUUAUGAGAUUCAGUAUAGCAUCGACUUGGUGAAUCAGGCCCAUAAGAUGACGAACUAUAUCAAGAAACGUACUGUCGAGGCGGCGGUGAUCAACGUGCCGGAGAAGCCUGGUGAGGUCGGCUACUUUGACCUCCUACUUUCGGCCACGGAUGUUCGGAAGUUCUUGAACAUGGAGCUUCCAAAUGGGGCAAAGCUAGUGCUUGACGUGCUGGAUGAUGCACCGAGGACGCUCUAUGACGGCGUGGAGCUACGCACGUUUGAGCGCUUUAGUGCGCGCCCACCCUUGGAACGUCCACCCUUCAGAACCCCCAGGCCUUUUCCAUCGUUUGAUCUUCCAUCGCCACCGAGCUUUCAUGACGAUCUUUUCUCGAACUUCUCGGACUUGUUUCACCCUAGGCGAGCACAACGUGCAAGCACUGCUUGCGUGCUUGCCGUAGGCUAG